UGCUGUUAAGCCACGGAAGACCGCCGCUGCCUCUGACCCGAGCUAGCGUUUCGUUGAGUUCGUUGCGCGACCCCCGGUGUUUGUUGAUCUUGCGAGAACACGGUACGCGAUGGGACUUUGAUGCCGCUGCUGCUGCUGUUGUCGUCGUCGUCCUAACUUGUAACUUAUUUUCGAAGCGGUUGUGUUAAGCGAAUGGACGCGAGUCGUCGGUGAUUAAAGACGUGUCGAGGAUAACGCAAUUCAUUGAUUUUCUCGCUCUCUCUCUGCUCGGCGUGUCGAUCAGGACGCGCAUUGUCCGGUUGCUGUGCUUAUUAGCCGCAGCCCAGCGCAAGCGGUACAAGCAAUGCGCGUUGUAAAGUAACGUGAUUUAAUGUACACUAUACUACAAGGCUGUAGCCAUGGAGUCAACAUUGGGGGGGACCAAAUCUAGCAGGGGUCCCCCCCCCAGGAGAAAAAAUAAAUCUCAAUUUGAAAACGAAUUUCCUGCCUAAAAUAUUACAAAAUUCACUAACACAUAGGAUGGACUUUAAAUUUAUGUUUUACAAUAAUGUCUAAUAGUGUAUUGUAUGACAUUGCUCUGUUUUUUUCUUUUUUUACCUUUUCUUGUUUCAUUGUAUGUAAUGGCAGAGAUUAGGGAUUAAUAAAGUACAACCAUAACCACAAUCAUAUAAACAGAAAUCUAUUUUAUAGCAAUAUAUUGGGGGGGGGACAUUUUUUGCAUAUUUUAAUAUUGGGGGGGUGUAUGUGUCCCCCCCCAAUUAAUAUUAUAAUUAUGGCCUUGCUAUACUAUGUACUCCGGUGGGACACCACGUUAUAGCGGUGUAAGUACACACAACACUGCUGCUUGCGUUGUGACGAGAAUGCGUUUCACGCGUUUGCUUUACUCCCAGUUUAAAGAUCCGAGGCCCAUUGCCUAUUCACGAGUUGUCACCACCUCGACACUAGAACACUGCGAUAAUAGACAGGCGUCUGCUGCUGUCGACACGAGACGAUUUGUAGUGUUUGUGCACAAGGACUUGGGGGGGUGGGGGGGGUCUCGCCUCUGUUACACUCAAUAACUUUUACAAUCACGGUCGUGUCUCGGUUUCCAAAGUAAUAAAAAAAAACACGGAGUAUCCUUUCCACCCCCACAGAACUACUACGGUACAUUACAACUGGUGGUCCAUGUCUUGUGACACCCCCCCUCCCCCCCAUGUAAUUCUGUAGAACGUAAUAUUUUUAAAGGUGUAUAUUUAAAACAGAGAUGAAUAUGAAAAGGAUUUUUUUAUGUUAGGGGCCAAUUCAUUGGGGAGGGGGGAGAGGGGUCACAAGAUAUAUUGGACCAUACCUCUUGUAAGUUUCCAUAAAACCAAUACUCAUUGCAUCUCCCUGCCAUGCGAGUUUAAAUUCCGGGGCUGGAGGGGGGAUGAGCCCCCCCCCCCACUGCACCCACCACCAACCCCCUCUAAACGAUUGUAGUCAAGUGAAAGAAUGUCAGCAGAGCUAGAGGAGCGUGCACGACAUGGGGGGGGGGGGGAGGUCGUUGUUCUGUUUAGCGUUCAACGUUUGCUCAACGUUUGUUUAACAUUGUGUGGUACCCCCCCCCCCCUCUCUCACCCACCCCGACCUCCUCCUUCCCCACCCCCGGAGUUCGUGGGGGUGCCAACUCUUGAAACAAGGUCACGCCACGGGGCCGCCAGAUACCAACGCUAUUACAGUUUCUACAAUCUAAGUAUUUGAGGUGGCGUCAGCAUGGAAAUCUCGCCCACGUGCGAUAAAGUGAACGAGAAAGUGCAGCCGGGAAAGGUUGCUCUGCCAAGGCCCUACUGCAAGGAGGAUGCCGGUGGCAUGUCCAGCCAGCCUCCACGCGCCCUCCUCUCCGUCACCAGCUGCUUCCAGCCCUCGCCACAGCACAGCUCAUACGGGCAGCCAGAUGAUGAUGUGGACCUGGAGAAUUUGGUCAAUGACAUGAAUGCGUCGGAGUCAACGGGAAGCGCUUCGAGCAGCCCUGCCGACUCGGUGCCUCUCCUGCAGCCCUGCGCAGGGCCUGACGGCAGGGAGACGCUCGCCCACGCUCUGCCUCCCAUCGCCGCCGCCGCGGCCGCCUCCUCCGCCGUCACAGCCUCUCGCCCUGGCAUGUCACGUGUCGCGCCGCAACCGGGCGACGCUCGUGAGCUUGGGGACACCUCCCUGCUGCACCAAGGCGUCCGUCGUUCUCAACCGGUCCACAUUCGAGCAGUCCGGACCCCGCUGGACAGGAGGGCAAAUGAGGAGGAGGAGCUGCAGGCCGCAUCCUGGCCCAACAUCCCCAACCCCUUUCCCGAGCUGACGAGCCCAGCUGGUUCACCAGUGCUGACAGGGACAUCGCUUCCCCCGAGACAGGCCGGCGCCAAACCACAAGUGGCCUGGUCUCCAGGUUCCUGGAACCCAAAUGGAGGCCUUGGUACAUCUCCAUUAUUGGACGUUAAGGUGGUCAAACUGUUCAGCGAGGAUGGCACGAGCAGGUCACUGGAGAUACCGGCGGGGACGAGUGCGCGUGACGUUUGCCAGUCGCUGAUCCUCAAGAACAACUGCGUGGACGACAACAGCUGGGCACUCAUAGAGCACCUCCCUCAUCUCAGCCUGGAGAGGACGUUGGAAGACCAUGAACUUGUGGCGCAAGUUCAAUCAACAUGGGGCAUUGACUGUGACAACAAGCUUUUCUUCAGAAAGAAUUACGCAAAAUACGAAUUCUUCAAGAACCCAUUGCAAUUUUUUCCGGAACACAUGGUCUCCAUGCCGUACGAGUCGAACGGCAGCAUCCCACACUCACAGCUGAUCCAGAACUUCAUGAACUCGAGCAGUUGUCCAGAAAUCCAGGGCUAUCUACAUGUGAAGGAGCCUGGUAGAAAAUCGUGGAAGAAGCUAUACUUCUUUUUGAGAAGAUCGGGGCUCUAUUUUUCCACCAAAGGCACAUCCAGGGAACCGCGGCAUCUGCAGUGUUAUGCAGAGCUAAGUGACAGUGGUGUGUACACUGUUCUAUCGGGACGGAAGAUGUACGGAGCACCCACAGACUUUGGAUUUUGCAUAAAAUCCAACAGGGCAAGUAGUGCCAAGGAAUUGAAACUAUUCUGCGCUGAGGAAGAAGCAAGCCGGACCUGCUGGAUAACUGCCAUGCGGCUCUUCAAGCAUAGCGUGCAGUUGUUCCAGAACUACAGGCUACUACAGCAGAGACGAAACCACCUUGGCCAGCUGAAUGUCACACCCAUGAGGAACAUCUCCGAGAACACACUGGUGGCGAUGGAUUUCUCUGGGCGCAAAGGAAGAAUCAUUGAGAACCCAGCAGAGGCCCAGACGGUGGCAGUGGAAGAGGGCCAGGCCUGGCGGAGGAGAGGUUGCCAGAGACUUGGUGUGGUGGGAAGCCCCAGCCCCUGCCAACCAUCUGCUAUGAGUAUAGCGAUUCACAAGACUCAGCCAUGGUUCCAUGGACGGAUCCCAAGAGAGGAAGCACACAGGAUUAUCUCACAGCAGGGCCUUGUUGAUGGGUUAUUUCUUCUUCGAGACAGUCAGAGCAACCCCAGGACAUUUGUGCUCUCUCUCUGCCAUCAUCAGAAAAUUAAACACUUUCAGAUCUUACUGUUUGAAGAGGACUCAAAAAUGUUCUUCUCUCUGGAUGAUGGAAACACCAAGUUCUCAGACCUCAUCCAGCUGGUGGAAUUCUAUCAGCUCAACCGUGGAAUUUUAUCCUGCAAGCUCAAGCACCACUGCAGCCACGUGGUGCUGUGAGGGGCGGCAACGCAUGGCUUGACAUCCGCCUGCCCCGAUUGCUUGCAUGAAGUCAUCUUCGGCAUCGCUGCACUCACGUGUCCCUGCUUUAAACUCCAUGUGUGUCGAUUUGAUUAUUUAAGUGGAAGAAUGUCUUUUUUUAAAUAUAUAAACACUGAAAAGGAACGCAGACCGGAGAUGAGGGAUACAUGUUGUGUUGCAUGUACCUGUGGGUACAAAAAGAAGACAAAAUGAAAAUCCACAACUUGAAUUCUAAUGCAACACCUCCAAUGCCCUAAAUGGCCUUUAAAAUAAAAAGAGAGCAGACGUAAAAAAAAAUAUUGAACAGUGCCGAACCGGGAGCGCCUUGUGAACUGAAUGUGACUGAUCAGAAGCUGUAAGGACUGCAAACCUCACCGUGUUCUAUCCACAAAAAAGUGCAGACUCGAUCUGCUAUGCAGAACACAUCUCUGGCUUUUUAAACGGCAAUUCAAGCUUGAGUUGCCUCAAAGCUACACACCGAAGAUGACCAGAUGUGAAAGAAAAAUGUAACAACGUGCACUUAUUUCUCUUUAUGCUGUGGAUGAACAAAGACUGUUAAUGGGACUCUUGAAAGCCUUUUGUACAGCCAGCUGUGUUAUAUUGAAGCAUUUAAUGAUUUUAUUGGUUUUAUUUUCUGGUGAAGUUAUACAAUAUUAACGUUAAGGUUAUUAUUCACAAUGAAUUGGAUACAAUAUAAUGUUUUGUAUGUAGCUGUAUAAUGCUUUCUGCACAAACGGAUACCCAGUGAAAGUAGUCGAGUGAUCCACAUGUCACGUACUUAAACAUUUGAGUUAAUAGUAAACUGUGUUAAUGUUUUUUUUCCUUCACAAAUUAACUCCUUAACCGUAACUUUCUGUGCGAGUUGGAAUUUCCCAAGCAUUUGCUCCAGUCCGUGCUGUAUGAUGUGUUGGCCUAUGGAUUGUAUGACGGGAUUGGUUGGGGAAGGACACUGGUUGUUAUCCCUUGUGAAGUGUGCCUGUUCGUUUUCUGUGAAAUGGGAAGAUACAUCUCCAAAGUUACUGGAUGUGAUCAUCAAGCGGUGAAUAUGCAGUUUUCCUAUGCAGGCCCCCCUUUUCCAGAGAUUGCCAUGGAUUGUACAGUAUUCACGUGCAUUCAUCAAUUUGUCCCUCGACACAUUGUGUGUGUUCUUCAUCAACAAAUUGAUUAAAAAUCAUCGUUUCUCAACGAUAUGUCCUUGAUAAAGAGCACCACACUUUGGAAGCGUUCUGCAGUUUAUAUCAAUUGGUAUUAACCUUACUGCUUAAUAAUAUUAACUGCAUCAGAAUUUAAUGUGUUAAGAUGGUUCAGAAGCCUUUAGCUAAAAUUUUCUCACAUCAAUUGGCCCAAGUGUAAAGUACAUUUGUGUACAUUUUUAUUUGUAUUUCACUUUUACAAAGCACAAGUAAAAAAAAAACAGCGUUAAAAAGAAUGCUGUUAAUGUUUCCUGUUGGCUGGCACUGCAUGAGUGACCAACUGCUUAAAGCCUGUCUCAUCUGUUUUAUUAUGCCUUUGGGAAUUCAGUAAUAACUGCCAGUACCUAUAAAAAGGGAAUGUUAUACUUGAAAUAAGAUAUUGCAAAACUUAAGAUCUAUGUGUCCUGAUUGAAACUGCAAAAAGAUUUAAUUUAAUAUCUUGAACAGGAAAUUUAAUGGAUGCCUGUUGUAUCUUAAGUUUGCCUAUAUGUAUUAGGAUUUUUAAUGGAUAAGACUUUUUUUUCAAAGACAGAUUUAUUUGUACUGUGUAGUGUAUUUAUAAGUGGGUAAUUUAUAAAACAAAAGAAAAUAAAUCAUAGGUGAUUUGUCUAUAUAAGCUCUAAAGAAUGCCUUAAAUUUAGCAUGUACACAUAGAUGCAUUGUUUUUUUAAAGCAAAUCUUAAUGAUGUGCAUUUGCCUUGCUUGUUUGCAGCACUGUUAAAGAACCUAAGCACGUUACAAGAUACUGGAAUCUCUGUUCUCAGGACAACAAUUAAAUAAAUGUAUUCCAUGACUAUCCACAGUUAUGCUAAUGGAGUCCAAAAAGUACAAAUUCUGAAAAUGCAUUUACAAAAGUAGUUAUUAAAAAAGAAAAUGGCAAGAACAUAGAAAAGUAUACAUGUUCAAAAUAAUUUUGUCAAAAUACAAUGCCCAAAGAACUUUUGUAACCUUUAAAUGUCAACCCCAUAUCUCAAAAACAAUGGCAACAAACACCUCGAUCAGAUUUUAACAUUAGUGGAACCAAAUCUCAAACCAUGAAAGUUGUUUAAAAUGUAGGGCAUGGAUAUUUUGCGAAUGAAUUGUUUUUGUAGAAUUUUGUUAUUGCUUUUUUGUAAAUAUUGAGCUGUAAAUAUAUUCUGCAAGAUUUAGGGGCCUUUUAUGGUUUAUUGUUGCACAAGCUGUUUAUAUAUCGCAUGUGAUGGAGAAAAGAAAAUAGAUAUUUUUUUCGUUUGGCUUUAUGACGUUGUAAUUUGUAAAUACAUAAGCUUAUGAAAGCUGUAUACUGUAUACCUGUCAGGAAUGUUUUGUAUAAAAUGAGGGAAUUCAUUUACUGUUCAUAUUGAUCUUGGGAAAUAAAAACCAGGUGUUUAGUUCA